GCAAGAAUGACCAACCUCUAUUGCACAGUUCUUCUCUGUGUUUGUUUCUUGUCUACUGUUCUUCCUCAAGGUACAGCUGGUGGUACGAUAUUUGAAAAGGAGGUCGUGGAUAAGCUUCUAGAAAACUACUCCACCGACGCCCGGCCCGGCAAACCGCCAUUGGACAUCACCACCAUUUAUAUUGACGUAGUAUUGGCCCAAAUUCAGCAACUGGAUGCCGUGGAACAGGUUCUUACAUCAAAUCUAUGGGUACGACAGUCAUGGAAUGAUGACCAUCUCACCUGGAACCCCGAAGAGAACGGUAACGUCACUGCAGUCUACGUCAACAGCGAGAACAUCUGGCGGCCAGACACCAUCCUGUACAAUAGGAUUCACGAUGAGGGUUUCUCCUCGACUCCGGACACCAACGCCAUCAUCAAGUAUAACGGUGACGUGUUCUGGCCAUAUCCGGUCACCGCUCGGACAUCCUGCCUACUGGACAUCAGUCUAUUCCCCUACGACGUCCAAAGAUGUCCGCUGGAGUUCGGCUCAUGGACCUACAAUGCUGAACAGCUCGCUUUGGUAAACGUAUCGCCAGAAGGGGACACUGAAGAGUUUAUAGAGAACGGGGAGAGAGUAGUAUUAACUCUCAUUAAAGACUCUCUCUACAAACUGUAG